UAUACUACACUGGUGGCUGUGAGCUUGUUAGCUGUAUUAGCUUCACAUUUAGGAGUGUGAACGAGUCAUUUGUAUGAUUGAAUGUUUUUAUAUAUUUUUUUUUUUAUUUAAACUGUUAAUUCAGGAUCUCCCUGUUAAAACAUUAUUUCGAGUGAAAAUAAUAAUGGUGUGAGAAUGCUCAAACUUUCUCACACUGGUCCUACUGAGUGUUUGUUGUUGUGAAAACUUUGUCACUGAUAUAUUGGGGUAUGCUGAAACGGAUAAUCGAUGGCGACUCAGUCGCUCGCCGAGCGCACCAUCUCGGAGAACAGCCUGGUGGUGCUGCUGCAGGGUCUGCACGGUCAGGUGACCACGGUGGAGCUGCGGGACGAGAGCACGGCCCGGGGUCGCGUCCUCAACGUGGACGCCUUCAUGAACGUGCGUCUGGAGGACGUCUUGUACCGGGACAGACGAGGGAACGUCUCGGAGAUGGCCGACCUGUUCGUGACCGGCCGUAACGUGCGCUACGUCCACAUUCCUGACCACGUGGAUAUCGUAGACACCAUACAGACCCAGCUGGAGAAGAUCCACCGAGUGCGCUGCUUCACUGAGAAAGGGAGGAAGGAGUACAGCAAGAAGAAAAAAGGCUUUCCUCAAUCGGCUCACGCAGCCUCCGAAACACACACGCAGGCGCAACUCCAAUAAAACAUACAAUACUUAAGUUAAAUGUUAUUGUUUAAUAUUCAGUUAAUCUUUGGAGAAUAUAUUACAAUCUUGGAAUAAAAAAAAAGUUCUAUUGUA